AUGAAAGCAACAGUGGAAUAUGAAAACGAUAUAUCAAUGAAUGAAGAAAUGGUAGCCUUUCCUUCUGUCGUCACACCAUCACCACCGCCGAUUACAGGACCCGAUUGGAGACAAGACGCAGAUCCUUACUUUUUACUUCCCUAUAUCCUUUUUGAUCCUCUUGGACAACAUCCGGCUUUUCGCGCCAAAAAAAGAAAAUUGUAUUGUCAUUUGUGCGCUGAAGAUGGAAGAUGUUCUUUGCUAUCAAGGGGAAGCGUCAAUGAAUGGAAUAAUGCAAGAAAAGACAGAUCAAAUCCCCCAAUGUUGUUCGACGUUGAAAGUCCAGUGUUGCUUGUUAGCAAAGUAUAUAAAUGUGAGCAUGGUCAUGAUAUACCCGCAAGCUAUUUCCACGACACCUCAGAGGAUUAUACGUGCGUGCCAUUUGUUCUCACACACCGAUCUGGUAUGACUAUGCGGUUGGCAGAUGAAAUUGAAGAUUUAUUAGAUAGAGGAUUGGCAAUAUCGGCUGUUGAAGAGCUCAUAAAAGAAAGGUAUAAAAGAACAUUAAGAAACAGGUUGCUCCGAUUUCUAAAUGACUCGCACCAAGCGAAAGAAUUGGGGUUCACACAGUCAGCUGAGGAGUUAAAUUUUGACGUUCCUGGGAACCUUUUUCCCUGCCCUGGUGACAACUUGAUAAGAAGCGUUUACGUUGCAUCUUUUAAUGAGAAAAAACACCUUUUUACAGAGGCAAUGAAUUCGUUAAAUGCUAAAUGGAUUAGCUGUGACCACACCUUCAAGGCAGCUGCAAAUAUCGGCUUCGAAAGAAAAGAAGACAGCGCCUGGAUUACGCAGUACACAUCACUCUUUUGCAUAAUAAAUGAGAAAGGACAAGUAAUAAGGUGGUCGUUCGCUAUGUCAGAGAAUUUUGAUGAGGUAAAACCUCUUUUUGAAGCUCUCUCGUUAGACUUCAAAAAUCGAGGGGUAAAACUGUCAGGAAUAUAUAUAGACAAUUGCUGCAAGUGGCGCCACCUGCUCACGUUAUAUUUCCCAAACGUACCCGUCAAGUUGGAUUUGUUUCACGCCAUACAAAGAAUUACAAAAAAGGUGUCAAAACGUUCUCAUAUCUUUGCAGAGGUUUGCAAAGAUUACUCACUGGUCUUCAGGGAUCAGAGAGAUCAAGCAAUCGAAAGAAAACUUCCAACUCCGGCUCCUGAAGAGAUUUUGCGCAACCUAAACAACUUUAUCACAAAAUGGGUUUCGUAUAAGAAUUCAAGUGGCGCUCGUGUUAUCAGCAAAAGCGUUGAAAAAGAACUAAAAAAUAUAGAAUGUCACGUUAGAAAAGGAUGCUUGUCACAUAUCCCCCCAGGUUGUGGGACAACACGAAACGAACGGCUUCACAGAGAACUGAAGAAAACAACAGUAACAAACCGAAUUGGAGUAGAUCUUGCAAGAACUCGCGUUGAAAGGACCCUUUUUAACUCAAACAGGAAACGCGAUGCAAACUUACCAUCUAUAGGUGACAUGCUCAUAAACAGUAGAAAGAAGAUUCUGUUAACAGGAUUACAGCAAUCGAGCAGAGCCCUUGACGAAACCAAUAACAAAGUUCACGAAAUAAAUUUCCAUGUGAUGACAAAUGCUACAGAGGAUAAAAAACUAAAUUUGAAAACAACAUCUAUAGAGAAUAUUUCUCACAUACAAACCCGCCUUACAUCAUUAAUCGAUAGCAAUGACGAGAGUUCUACGUGUAGUGAUGGUGAAAACGUGGAGAACAGUUUAAAGGCGGAUGUCGAAAACUUUGUCAUUCUUAGAAACGCUUUACAGUGGUGGAAAAUGAGCAAGAUCGUUGAGGAAAAAACGGGGCCAAAACUAUUCAAUUUCAAGAAGAUAGUGACUUAUGUUAGACCAUUAAAAACAAAGGCAUUAAUGGAAAAUGAAACAGUAGCUGGAGACCCAACAAAAAGUGACAGAAAAAGGCUUACUGAACUAGCCUCGACUUGGGGAUUUGACAUUGUUGAGGUAACGGGUGACGGCAAUUGCCUUUUUACGGCAGUGGCAAUGCAAUUGCAACAAAUGAUGAGCUUGAAUGCACAUAAUGAAUCAUUGUUAAUGUCGCACCUUGCGGAACAGAUGGGAAUAGACACAUCUACAUCCAUCAACGAUAUUGGUAGCAUUCUCAGGAGUAAAGUCGUCCAAGAAUUGAAGGGAGAACGAGUAGAUUUUUAUCAGUCAUUUCUGCCCAGUGAUGUAAACUUUUUUUCGGAGGCAGAUCGUUUUAUCCAAUCGGGAACGUUUUCAGGUCCGCUAGGCGAUCUUAUACCUCUAGCAAUCGCAAACGUUAUUCAAAUACCUUUAUUUGUCUUAAAUCCAAGUUUUUUGACUCCUUUUGUGAUGAUUUCUCCUGAAGGGAUGGUGCCAGCCUCAAACGUCGUCUACCUCGCGUAUAAUGCAAGUGGUCCAGGACACUAUGAUGCGCUAAUUAUCUCCCAACGUGAUCAGCAGGAGCGAUUCACUUCUGAAACAAACAGCAAUCUCGAUGCUCUCGAGAGUCAGUCCACGCUUUCCACGGAGAAAGUGCCAAUCUCAACUCAAGAAAACCAUGUCGAUGCGGAGAAAAAAUAAAUACAAAUCAAAUGCAAAAGCGUCAAGGAACUACAAAGGCAGGUGCAAGUGCAUCAACGAAUACGGUACCUGUAUGA